AAGCAUCGAAGUGUGAAGAAGCCACGGACGAAGGAUUGUGAUUAUGUCAGACCUACCUUAUGAGGCUGAAGACGGUUGGAAAGUCGCAUAGCGACAGACAGCAGCAAGCGUUGGAACGGGAAACGCUGAGAUGUGGAAGCACCGCCAAUGCGGGAACGAGGGAGGCUGGAGCGAUGCGAAAACGACAAACCUGUCAGCACCGUGGCAUUCUACACUGAACCACUGCG